GGCGGUGGAUGAACCAUCCCUGGGGACAUCCCGGGCCAGGCUGGAUGUGGUUCUGGGCAACCUGAUCUGGUUGAAGAUGUCCCUGCUCAUUGCAGGGGGUUGGACUGGAUGAGCUUUGAAGGUCCCUUCCAACCCAAACUGUUCCAAGGAUUUGCUGCAGCGGGAGGUUGUAGAAGCAGGCAGGGUUUAACAGGUCCCAAAUGAGGAUUAGCCAAAUUAAAAUACAUUGGGUUAAUCAACAAAACAAUCCAAAAAGGCCCAGGCAAGGAUUUGCCUUCCAGCAUCCCUGAUGCAGGAGCUCUGUCAGCUGGAGCGUGAGGAGAGCAGCCACAGACAGUGGCCGGGGUCAGGCUGUUCCCUUAAACAGCAUUUCUUAUUGCUGUUGUCCAGACAGAAUGUGGCCUGGUGUGUCAAGGAGCUGUGGGCUCAAACCAGUAAGGCAUUUCUUAUGCUCUGAUCUUCCUGACUCCGCUCAUUUGCUGCAGAGGCAUGUGUGUAAAAUAGAGUAGUUUUGUACCAGCUGCGAGGGCUGAUGGUUCACUGUCGACCCACGGCUCCCUGAGCAAGCACUGAGGGAAGGGGGCUCGUUAAAACUUGGUCUAGUUCUCAAAAUACAGCAGGGUCCUGUCAUCACGGAGGUGCUGAUGCGCUUUGAAAUGAGCGUGGGGAAGUAUGUGCUGCAGGUAAGCAACCUGGCAAACUGGAUUUGUAGACUAAGGGGCUCAAGCUUGCUGCAGGGCACCACAAGCCUGCUUUUGUGCCCUAAUUCUGAGGUAUUUCUGGCUGUUAAGAUUGCUUUCUCUUUCUCUAGUCAAGUGUGGGCUGAGAGAGAGGAAGGGUUUUGAAAGCGUGUAUAUGCUGCUGCAUGGCUUUAAAUAAGGCACUUUGUCAUCUCAGCUUUCUCUCUACUCUGUAUUAUGAAAGACCAGUAGGUUUAUUUUAACCAGAAAUGUGCAAACUUUAGCAGAAGCCCUAUGAACUCUGUGCAAAAUACAGGGCAAACAGGGAAUUACGGUGGGAUUCAAACCUAACUGGUGCUUGCUUGCUUACUUUCAGUCUGAAUCAGUGAUGUGUUACACUUAGUGCUCCCUUUACUUCUGCAGGAGCAGUGUGUGAUGUUUUAGUCCCUUUUCAUCAUAGUUGCAUCUGUUAGACCAGGAUAUGUGUGAGUAGCUGUUGAGCCUUAGGAGUUGUACAUGUAGUGGAAGUGAGCAGGAGGCUUCGUUGACCCAAGGCAUCCCUUCAUAACCACAUUAUUGCCUACUGGAGACUCCUGCAGAACAAAAGGGACCGGUUGGGAAGCCAAAAUGAUGUCCUUCAAGCAAGCAUCCCUUGAAGCAAAGGCUGCAGUGGCUGCAGGAGUGGUUUUCCUCUCCAUGAUGCUGUCGCGGAGUUACCUGUCAGAAAAGCUCGACCUCAGGAUGCGGCGCUGGCUCCUGAGGCUGCAGAUGGCACUGUUUGCUAAUGCACUUAUGUUGAUAGGAUCUCUUCACGUGUGGAGAAGUGUAGUUACCACAUUCUCCAGGGCUUCGUUUGCCAGCUCGUUCUGUUUCAUGCCCUGGAAAAUAGCUGUGUUCAUGUUUCUGGCUCUGGCACACUCAAGCUUCUUCACGAUGCUGUUUCUUGUUGCAGAAGAGCCCUAUUUCUUUUCUUUAGCUGCCUACACUUGCCUGGGGGCCUAUAUCAUUCUGAUGUUCUUCCUUUUCACUCUAGGCUCUGUAGAGCAGGCUUACAAGUUGUUGGCUGGGAAAGGGGCUAAGGCAGGCACUGGCCACAAGAACAGACCAGUGAUGAAACCAGUCUUGGCAGUGCUGCUGACUGUUGUGCUGACUGUUGUGGGGCUGCUAAAUGCCUCCCAGCCUCCUGCUGUGAAUUCGGUGGAAGUUCCAGUUCACAAGCUGUCCUCAGCCAUGAAUAACCUGAAAGUGGUGUUGCUUUCAGAUAUCCAUCUGGGGCCUACAGUUGGGAAGACCAAGCUUGCCAUGAUUGUGAGGAUGGUUAAGGCUUUAAAACCAGAUAUCACUGUGAUUGUUGGGGACCUGACUGACUCUGAGGCAGAGAUCCUCCGACCUGCUGUUGAACCUCUUGGAGAACUUGCCUCCCCUCUGGGGACUUACUUUGUCACAGGAAACCAUGAGUACUACACCUCAGAUGUUAGCAACUGGUUUGAGCUGUUAAAAUCAUUCAACAUUCGGCCGCUGCAUAAUGAGAAUGUGAAGAUUGUUUCCCCACAGAGCACCAAGGACUGGUUCUGUCUGGCUGGUGUUGAUGAUAUUGAAGCAGAUGCCUUGCACUACUCGGGACAUGGCAUGGAUUUAAAGCAAGCCCUGGAAGGCUGUAGCAGUGAGCAUGCGAUAGUGCUGUUAGCUCAUCAGCCUGUUGCUGCCAAGUGGGCCCUUCGGGAGAGACCAGACAUCAACUUAAUUCUCUCUGGCCAUACUCAUGGAGGGCAGAUUUUCCCACUAAAUGCUGGAGCUUAUUUGCUGAAUCCGUUCUUUGUUGGCUUGUAUAAAGUUGGGCAGAACACCUUUGUGUAUGUCAGCCCGGGGACGAUGUACUUUGGAAUACCCAUGAGGCUGGGCAGCAGAGCUGAAAUAACAGAGAUAAUUCUCCGUUCUCCUUGAGGAGUUUUCCAUUUGACAGACUUGGACCAUGCUUUUUGGUCAGUAUCUUGGCUCUUUCGCUCUGGAAGCCCACCCCGUUUCAGGGAAGCUGCAGAAGAUACGUUGGGGUGGACUUCAGCAGGUUCUGUUCAGUGUGAGCAGAAAACACCAAAUGUAUCUUGGGCCUACAAAACAAAUGGGGGCAUUUUAAAAUGCUGAGGAUAUUAAUUCUUUGUGUUUAUUAUUACUAUUAUUGAGGUUCUGCAUUUAAAGAUAGCACUGAUGUGACAGAGACAAUGUGUCCUGUGCAUGUUCAGCAAUAUCUGCGUCGUGCAGCUGCUUCGUGUUCCACUGUUGGUUAUCCAUCAGGAGCUGCCUUCUCCAGCCUGAGGCAGGUGAAGUCCUCAUCUCUUGCAGCGAAAUCAUUUGUGCAUGUUUUGCAGAAGGAAUUGAAGAGUAUCCACAAAGUCUGUAAACUCAAGAAGCCUUUUGCUAGGAAUGUUCUGGGAAGGGAAUGGUUUUAAGGGUAUUUUCUUAGCUGUCUGCAGCACGCACUAGGGCUUCCAGUCUGUGUUAUCAGUACUGUAAGUUGCCAUGCAUCAGUCCUUGAAAUCCAAUUUUUGGGGAGACUGAUACCAAAGGGUGAAGCAGCUGUGUUUCUGCAGGCAUUUCCCCCAGAAUAACUGGGCAUCAGAUCAUUACUUGCCGAAAAUAGCUCUCAUAAAAGCAAAUAAGAGAGAAAACUUGGAAUCACCAAACUUUUCUUGCUGUCUGUGCAUACAGGACCUCCUAUGUAAAGCAGAAAUCCAAAGCUGAAAUAGUCUCUUUUCAUUCUGCACGUUUUUUGUUGAUGCUCAAUUGAUCUUCUGUGAUUUUUCUCUUAACAAGAGUAAGAAGAUGCUAUUUGAAAACAAUGCAAAUGGAUUAAUGCUUGAAUUUUGCUUGAGGUUUUAAUAUUUCAAGUAAAUGGUGCCCUAUUUGAGAAUACUGAACUCUGCAGCAGUUGACUUCUCCUUAGCAGCGUUUAUCUGUCAAUGUCCUGGUUGUCUGAUAGGCACAUAGCAGAACAACUGCUACAGAAAAAUGAGGGAUGGAGAUUUUCUGUCUGUGUUUCCUAGAAGGGCUUAACACAAAUCCAUAUAAUUCUGGGCAUAUAAUUCCAUGCAAUUCUUGCUUUUUUAUCUCUCUUUUCAUAUAAGAAAGCCAGGAUGUAAUGUGUAUCAUCAUGUGUGUGUAUCAUCCAGGACGAUGAAGCAGUUGACUUCUGCACAUCUUCCUCUCUUCUGCCCUUCAACCCUGGUGUUGCUGUAUGAAAACCAUGAACAGUGCAAGUCUGGGAAUCCUGCCUCUGAAGUCUGUAGCUGCAGGAUGUCCCUUGCUUUGCCCUUCUGCCCA